GGGGCCGUGCCUGGAGAGGGUCCGCUAGUCGCGCGGCCGCGGCGGCGGAGGCUGGCGAGGUGAGGAAAGGGGCGCCCGGACGAGGUUUGUCCAUUAGCGCCAUGCCCCAUGUCUCCAUGAAGCUGAAGUGAGGGGUCCAGCUGCGGGCCCAGCCCUGGCCAGGGCAGCAUGAACAAGCCCCGGCUCUUCCGGCUGUGGCUGGUGCUGGGUUCCGUCCUCAUGAUCCUGCUCAUCAUCGUGUACUGGGACAACGUGGGCACUGCCCACUUCUACCUGCAUACAUCUUUGUCCAGGCCACAUACCCUGGAAUCCCUGCCCACCCCCGGACAGCGGGAGGAGAAGGAGUUUGCAUCUGAUGUGGAUGAGUUUUUGGAUAAGCUCUUAAGUUCCAGCUCGAAGCAGAAUGACCUUUCCAGGAAAAAGACGGAGCAGCCCUUGCUGGCCUCUGGCAAGCCGGCGUUGAGCCACCUAGAGGAGAGCGUGCGGGGCUACGACUGGUCCCCCCAUGACGCCCAGCAGAGCGCUGACCAGGGCCAGCAGCAGGCCGAGAGGAGGAGUGUGCUGCGGGACUUCUGCGCCAACUCCAGCCUGGCCUUCCCCACCAAGGAGCGCUCCUUCGAUGACAUCCCCAACUAUGAGCUGAACCACCUCAUCGUGGACGACCGCCAUGGGGUCAUCUACUGCUACGUGCCCAAGGUGGCCUGCACCAACUGGAAGCGCGUGAUGAUCGUGCUGAGCGAGAGCCUGCUGGACGGCGGCGCGCCCUACCGCGACCCGCUGGACAUCCCGCGCGAACACGUGCACAACUCCAGCACCCACCUGACCUUCAACAAGUUCUGGCGCCGCUACGGCAAGUUCUCCCGCCACCUCAUGAAGAUCAAGCUGAAGAAGUACACCAAGUUCCUGUUYGUGCGCGACCCCUUCGUGCGCCUCAUCUCGGCCUUCCGCAGCAAGUUCGAGCUGGAGAACGACGAGUUCUACCGCAAGUUCGCGGUGCCCAUGCUGAGGCUGUACGCCAACCACACCAGCCUGCCCGCCUCGGUCAGCGAGGCCUUCAGCGCCGGCCUCAAGGUGUCCUUCGCCAACUUCAUCCAGUACCUGCUGGACCCCCACACCGAGAAGCUGGCUCCCUUCAACGAGCACUGGCGGCAGGUGUACCGCCUGUGCCACCCGUGCCAGAUAGACUACGACUUCGUGGGGAAGCUGGAGACCCUGGACGAGGACGCCGCCCAGCUCCUGAGGCUCCUCAAGGUGGACACGCGGCUCCACUUCCCCCCGAGUUACCGGAACAGAACUGCCAGCAGCUGGGAGGAGGACUGGUUUGCCAAGAUCCCYCUGGCCUGGAGGCAGCAGCUCUACAAACUCUACGAGGCCGACUUUGUGCUCUUCGGCUACCCCAAGCCCGAAAACCUGCUCAGAGACUGAGCCCCUGCCUGAACGUGCGCUCCUUCAGCUCCUUCAAACUGAGCAAGGGUCGCGGGGCGUCUCCUGAGGACAGGGCUGUCCUGGGUUUUCCUSCCAGUUUGAUGCAGUCGGAAAUGCCACGCGCUCCCCUGGGGAGACCUCCGGGGGAAUCUGGGCCGCAGCACACACACUCCAGUUUUUUUUUAAAUAACCCAUGGUUUUGCAAUCGGGACUUAUUGUUUACUCCACAGCCUGUAUUCAUUGAGCACUGUUAAUACUGUUUUGUAAGAUUAAUAUAUUUCAGAUAUUUAAUAUGAAAGUGGGAGGAAGCUGGAGUAAAGCGUGGCACCUGCGCUCUCACUAAUCUCGUGGUUUUUCAGAUCUGGAAACACAUGCAUGCAAAGUGGGGCCUGGUGGUCAAGGGGCUCCAGACCUACACACUGCGGUGGAGGAGGGAGGCAUCUUAAGCGUCUUCAGUGGAGAWAAGGCACCUAAACUUGAAGUUGGGCUGUUUAAGUCAGGUUUUUGUUACUAUAACAAAAUCCCCAAAGCAGAGUAAUUUCAUAAAUAAAAGAGGUUUGUUGCCUCACAGUUUGUAGGUUCAAGGGCCUGGUGCUGGCAUCAGCUUGGCUCUGGUGAGGAUCUAGGGCAGGUGGCAGUGACGGGACUGUGUGUGAGAGGGAGAGAUUGUAUCAGCAAACUGGAGGCCAGAGCCCAACAGGAUCACAGCCUCAUCUGAGGUUUCACCCACUCAACCUAAGGACCUCCCUCACCUAGACCUACCUGACCAAACCCAACACAUGGACCCCGGUCAUCACACCCACUCCCAUACUCUAGCACAGGCCUUGCCUGUUUUUGUAGAAGGGCAGCAGACAAAUCGGUCCAGGGUGAAAGCCUUUUACUAAGUGAUGUGUUUGAGCAGCCAGAUCUUUCAGGCUUUCUGUUGAGAGGGGUCAUGGGUAAACCRUCUUCGGGUCAGAGUCACAGAGGAAAGCCCUUCUCACUGCAGCCCUCCCUUUAACCCAAGUUCAGUCGUGGCUGUCAGGAUUUGCAGCCAGCAGGGAUGGUGUGCACUGGAGGUUGUCCCUGGGACAUGUUUUCUGUGGUGUCYAGCAUUACUGAGGAGAGCUCAGGUGCCACCGUCUUGCAGCC